AUGACCGGCGUCUUUGAGAAUUUAAACACAGAUAUGCAUUCCAACCAGAUUACCUCCAGCAGCUACCACGGUCUACACAAGUCUCAGGAGUCUCCCACCCUGCCGGUGUCCACGGCCACGGACAGUAGCUACUACAACAGCCAGCAGCCCUUCGCCCCGCUGGGGUACCAGUACCACGGCGGCUCCAGCGCAGUGCAGUACAACAAGUCCUACGAGCUCACGUUUAACUCGUCCUAUGGCGCGUACAGCGCGUACGGCUCCAACUCGCCCCCUACUCCUGUAGACGCAGAAAAGGAAGAGAGUGAGCCGGAAAUUCGAAUGGUGAAUGGAAAGCCAAAGAAGGUCAGAAAACCUCGAACCAUUUACUCCAGUUUCCAGCUGGCUGCCCUUCAGCGUAGAUUCCAGAAAACACAGUAUUUGGCGUUACCGGAGCGGGCCGAGCUGGCCGCGUCUCUGGGCCUGACCCAGACACAGGUCAAAAUAUGGUUUCAAAACCGUCGUUCCAAGUUCAAGAAGUUGUGGAAAAGUGGAGAAAUUCCUCCUGAGCAACAUGUCGCUUCAAGUGAGUCUCCCCCCUGCGCCUCUCCCCCAACCUCCGCCUGGGACUUUCCACAGACCCCGAGAAUGAACAGUGUCACCCCGAGUUUACCUCCGAGCAGCAGCCCGCCCAACACCGCUGCGCCCCCGGCCUUUUUGGCGAACUACUCCUGGUACUCGCCAACGAACUCUGCGACCCACCUGCAGCACCACCACAACAUCAGUGCGGGGACGAUAUUUUGA